UUCAGAGGAACAAGGCUGGCGCUGACGAGAGUCGUGCGUCUUGGAGAGGGCAGGGACGCGCAGCAUCACUUCUCUCUCCGAGGAUCCACCGCGCGCGCACACUCUGUGGAUGUGGACCCGGAGUCCUCCACCUCUUCCACAUCGCCCUCCGCUCACACGAUGGACGACUCUCCCGGCCAAAACCGCGGACACGUCGGAUGAUAAGACGCGCUCGGAGACGCUCCGGCGCCGCUGAUGGGCUCCGUCUGUGGACUCGCCGCUUCCUUCGGACCGCACUCGCCGAACUUCCACUCGCUUGCAUCGAGUCAUGUCUGAUACAGAGCGAUGGGCAAGUUUGACGACAACGAGAGGAUAAUCCUCAACGUCGGGGGCACCAGGCACGAGACCUACAAGACCACCCUGAAGACGCUGCCGGGGACGCGACUGGCGCUGCUCGCCUCCGACUCGGACAUCGACUCGGUGCUGGACCAGCUGCAACAAGUCCCCGGCUUCAUCGAGUACAACGCGCGGACCAACGAGUACUUCUUCGACCGCCACCCGGGCGUCUUCGCCUACGUGCUCAACUACUACCGCACCGGGAAGCUGCACUGCCCGGCGGAUGUGUGCGGACCGCUGUUCGAGGAGGAGCUCUCCUUCUGGGGCAUCGAUGAGACCGACGUGGAGCCCUGCUGCUGGAUGACCUACCGCCAGCACCGGGACGCCGAGGAGGCGCUGGACGUCUUCGAGCUCAACGUGGACAACGGGGACGAGGACGACGAGGUGGCCAAGAGGCUGGGCAUCGAGGACGUGAGCGCGGACGGGAAUGUCAGCCUGUGGAGGAAGUGGCAGCCGGUGAUCUGGAAUCUAUUCGAGGACCCCUACUCUUCCCGGGCAGCGAGGUUCAUCGCCUUCGCGUCACUGUUCUUCAUCCUGGUUUCCAUCACCACCUUCUGCCUGGAGACACAUGAGGCGUUCAACACCAUCAUCAACAAGACCGAGCUGGUGCGGAACAGCAGCAUCCCUGACUCAGGACCACAGUACGAGAUUGAAACAGACCCGGCACUCACCUAUGUGGAGGGCGUUUGUGUCUUCUGGUUCACCAUUGAGUUCCUGGUGCGGGUGACGUUCUGCCCCGUGAAGUUGGAAUUUGUCAAAAGCGUGCUCAACAUCAUUGACUUUGUGGCGAUCUUACCUUUCUACUUGGAAGUAGGGUUGAGCGGCCUUUCCUCCAAGGCCGCCAAGGAUGUGUUGGGGUUCCUCAGGGUGGUGCGCUUUGUUCGGAUCCUUCGUAUUUUCAAACUAACCCGUCAUUUUGUAGGGCUGAGGGUGUUGGGUCACACGCUCCGCGCCAGCACCAAUGAAUUCCUGCUGCUCAUCAUCUUCCUGGCGUUGGGAGUGUUGAUUUUUGCCACCAUGAUCUAUUAUGCUGAACGGAUCGGAGCUAAGCCCAAUGACCCGACCGCCAGCCUCCACACCAAGUUCAAGAACAUCCCGAUUGGCUUCUGGUGGGCAGUGGUGACCAUGACUACCCUGGGAUACGGCGACAUGUACCCAGAGACAUGGUCUGGCAUGGUGGUGGGAGCUCUGUGCGCCUUGGCGGGGGUGCUAACGAUAGCCAUGCCUGUGCCUGUCAUUGUCAAUAACUUUGGGAUGUACUAUUCUUUGGCCAUGGCCAAGCAGAAGCUGCCCAAGAAAAGGAAGAAACACAUUCCUCAGGUGGUGCAGGGGGGCUCGCCCACCUACUGCAAAGCCGACCUCCACACCACCUGCAACAGCACCCACGGAGACCUGUGCCACGUCAAAGGGAGCAGAGGGCUGGAACGCAACCGCUCAGUUUUGUCUGCGGAUUGCAGUGGAGGUAGCGACCUGACGAUGUCUCCUGAAGAACGGGUCCCCAUGCGAAGGUCCAGCACUCGAGACCAGGACCGGCACAGUGCAGGGACGUGUUUUCUGCUUGCUGCUAGCGACUACAACUGCCCCACGGAUGGAGGGAUGAGGAAAACAGGCUAUGAGAAAUCCCGGAGCUUAAACAACAUAUCGGGCAUGACUGGUAACGCCCUGAGGUUGUCGCCCGGCACCUCGCCCUACGGAUCGCCCUGCCCCCUCAGACGCUCACGUUCCCCAAUCCCCUCCAUCCUGUGAGACCUCCAGCUGUGGGCCUCAGUCCAUCUCCUAUUAUCACCAGAACAGUCGUUGGUAUCCAGAGUUUUAGGUAUUGUGCUCGGUGGGUAGCUCCGUAGCGAACGUUAGAGGCUUCCCCCAGAAGGCCGACGUGUAGAGAACAUCAGUGAGUGGUUCGUGUGAGUUGAUGUUGUACAUGCAAUAAAAAAAAUGGUGGCUUCAGAAGUAGCAGCCAUCAUUGAAUAAUGAUGUUUAUGAUCAGGGAUAUUAGAUAUUGUAUAUUUAGGUAUAAAAGAUGUGCUUCCAUAUAGGAGAUGUUGGUGCAAGGGUCACUUAUUCCUUCAGCACUUCAGUGAGAAUCAAGUGUUUCAGAAUGUGGUGCCAUUAUUCACCAGCUCGCUUGUCUUGAACUCUCUUAUGGAAUUAGCUGUUGUUUGUAGUUUAGGAAUCUGGCUACAUUUUGCUUUUAUGAUGAUUCAGAUGGACUGUGCAACAGGAGCACGCUCUAGCAUCACAUCCUCCUCAUAUUAAUAUUAAGUAUUCAACAUCUAUUUGACCAGUUUUUUAUGCAGAUAUUUGCAAAUGGAUACUAUCCAUCACAAAUAUCUGUUUUCUUGUACGUACAAGUUUCAAAUUGGGUUCAUUUAAUCUAUUCAUUUUCAGCGGUCAGAGUGGGGCUAUGCCUUGUUUUACCAGAAUGAUGCUACAGUCACACAAAAGAUUUGCAACUUUGAUUUACAGUACGGUUACAUACUCCUAAAAAAGGCCAUUAUGUUUUUCUCGCCAUUGAAUCCAGUCACUUGCUACAGGGAGAGGAUAUCAUGUACUAUUGGAAGACAAAAACAGAGGCUCAUAUAUAGCAAAUGGACAAUUUAAUAAGUACUUGUAGGCACCAUAUUCUGAAACCGUUUAUAAACACAGCUGGUUCUCAUAGGAAUAUUGAAGGAACGAAUGAUUCACAAACCGUCAUCACUUCAUGUAUUUCAUACAACUUUUUGGGGGGGUUGAAGUAGUGGAAGAUAAUUUUAUCUUUGAGGACUCUCACAAGUGUCACUCAUGAUCGUGCAUGGAUCAUCGUGUUCCCAUAACCCGCCUGCAAGGAGCCCCGGUCCCUAUUCACCAAGUGUGGGGCUUAAACUUGAGCCUGCGGAUGGUUCGCUUCUCUCUGCCACCAAAGCUCUUGUGUGUCUGGUUGUUUACUCUUAGAGAACUGCAAAGAGAUGGUGUUUACUGGUUUCACACAAGCAGAGAGCAGCGUUCUGUCGUAAUGGCAUCAAGAAAGGAACAAACAGGUAACGUCUGUCGUGUGGUUCCAGAGUCCCGGGCGUCACUUCUCACAGACAGUUUGGUUCUGUAAGCAGUCCCUCCAUGAUCUCACGACAGCUAAGAGUGAAGAUGAAGUAGACAGCAAUAUGUAUGUUUUAAAUAUAGCUCUGCCCAGUCAUGAUAUUCUGGAAGGACUGAGUUGUUUAGAGGUGAUUCAAUAAUACGUGUUCUAGCGUUGUUCUGUAACCUCUAACUGAACAACAUGAAGUGUAGACUGCCAUGUCGAGUGACAUUUACUAGUACUAACUUCUUAUUUAUCACUCAGAUGGAAAGAGAAAACAAUUGUAUUGAUGACUGCUGAGUCAUGCUACAUGAAGACAAAACAAUUUGACACAAAGCGAUCAUGACUCACACUCGCUGCUAACUCGCCACUCUGUUUCCACCAACCCUGCGUUUUCAGUCAACAACAUGUCAUUUAGCCAUGGAUAGACAUUGGUGAUAAUAAUAUACCAAUGACCUGGCAACCCACGCAACUAGCUGCAACUAGCUUUGUCCUACCUUUCCAGUUUUGCUUUGAAUCAGCCGCCACUUUAAACAGCUGUGUUCACGGUGAGUUGGGGGGCUGGUCUCUAAGAUAGUUUGCUCUCACAGUUACCAUCAAUGGGCAUGGCUAGUGUCAAGCAAAGGUAAAAUGCUGAUCCUUUGUUGGAUCAAUGUUUGGGAAAAAAAAAAAUUCAACGUUUAAUUAUGUUUAUUUGUGGUCAGAAUUGGUUGAAAUUUCUGGGUAGGCUGUGACACAUGUAGGAAUAGAAAGGAAAAGCUAGUCGUAGUCUAAAGUGAAGGUGUGUUGAUAGUGGACAGCCAUUCAAUUUGAUGGGUCUGUGUCCAUCACAUCAUCCAGUCUUCCACUUUCUGUGGUCAUGAGACUGGUUGAAUAUAGUUCGAUGUUAAAUUGAGGGGGAAUUUUGCCACACCAGGAUGUCAUGUGUCCAAAGCUCCAGAUGAGAACAUAGAACCAAAGUCUGUCUUUUGAUAUCCUCUGACUUCAAGAAACUGGCCAGUAUAUCUCUGAGUGACAAAAAGAAACUUUCUCAAGUCUCUUUUAUUUGCACAACUUUCCUCAGCUCACAGUUGAACAGCCACACACGUGUGUAACUUACACUUUUACGCAGCAUAUGAUCAACUCACAGUCUGCGUUGUUAAGCAGAACAUUUUGCUUUUCAUCCUUGUUGGAGCAGCGAUAAACUCUGCAUACAAACCUUCAGCUGUUGAACCUCUUCAGCUGUCAAACAACGACUUGUUUUGUUUCCCGUACCGACAAAUAGCUAAAACCCAUCUUCAUGCACCAACAGGUGUGAGAGAGCCCGCAGACGUCUCUAUGCAGCAGUUGAGCCUCGCCCAUCUUUGUCUUCACUAGUAGCAGAAGGUUGCCUAGCAACUGGCUCACAGCAAGAUACAUUUUACACACAUGGCUCUGCAAAAGAAGUCCAGUAAAUUGAAAGCAGAUCAUCUUUGUCUUUAGAGCUAAAAAAUGGAUUAUUGAAUCACCUCAAAUAGACGACAGCAAGUCACAAAAUUCUGUACCACAGAUUGUUGUCACAUAUUUACGAUAUCAGCAUGGUGAAAAAAAAGGCAAUGUGUUUCUGAUAUUUAGAGAUUUUUAUUCAGACAAUGCAUUUCCUGUUUGAAUGACAGUGCGCUAAGAGUGCAACAGCAGAAGGACCCACAAUUCGGAGCCACAAGUCCACUCCUGCAGGACAAUACAGACUGAACCAAAAGUGGUAGCUGCCCCAGCUCACUCAACACCUGGGAGGACUUUGAUAAGCAUCUACCUUCCCACAUCCUGGUUUUGGACCUAUCAGGAAAGGGAACCUUUACAAGAGACUUUGUACUGUAAAAAUCUUGCUCCUGUAAAUACGACUCAGCACAUCUGGAAAAAGGCGGCUUCAUUCACACAUCUGUCUGUUGACGGCAAGUCAAGUAACUACUGUUGCUAAGUUUCACUCCAGUCACAUCUCUGUGGUCCCCCCUCGCAAUAAGUGUAUUAAGAUGUAUCAGUCGAGGCACUUUGUGUUGGAAAUAAAGUGUAUUCAUAUAAGAAACAGUAUAAACACAGUAUAGAGAGCCAAAAUGUGCUAGAUUGAAUUAAUGUGCUUUUGUUUUCCUUGGUACUUUUGAAUAGAUUAAUUAUGUGAGUGUGCGUGUUCAAGUCCGGGGUACGUUUUUUUUCAAAAGGCCAGGUCAGUGGAGACUCAGGGAGUGGCGGCACGCAACCAAGAAUUCGGUAUAUGCCAUGUAAUUCUUGGAUUAUUUUUGUUGUGUGGUGAAAAAUGAGCAAGAAAAAAAUAGCUCUAAAAGUUUUGGACCCUGUAUCACACUGUUCUUACUAGAUCAAAUGGUUUCACUUCCCACCCCAAAAAAAGUUGACCGGUAGAAUACAUCAGUAGUUUCUCAUAUUUGUGAAUAAACAAAUGAAUGUUGGUCGCACAUUGUUGUUUUGGAAAAAAACUAAUGUUUUUGUCUUAAUGACAACUAGUCACCAAUAAUAAGUAGCCCAAAAAUAGAACCCUGCUUCACACCAGUUUCUAUGAUAGAACACUGUUUUCUUCCAUAGAACCCAAUCUCUAAAAGGUAAGAAUCAAUGAUGUGCUGUAGAGUUGAGCACAAAAGAUUGAUUCAUCAACGAACAGAUAUCCAUUGUCACAUCCACUAUAGUUCACCACCAAACAAUUUUUGUGUGCUCAGUUGUGUAACAAUAGAUAAGCAAAUGAUAAAAAAUAAUCAAAAUCAGCCUCUUUAUAUUGGAAAACAUUAUAUUAUCCCAACAAAUAAUUAUUCAAAAACAAGUUUAAUUUGACCGGAAUUGCACUAUAAAAACUAUAGCGGCAACCUUAAACAUCUAAGUUAAGGGAUAUGAUAUUAAUAAAUAAAAAUUGAAUAAAGAAGCAACAUUAUGAGUCAAAUAUUGCAAAAAAAUAAUAAAUGAUUUAGAAUCUGUCAUUGUGAAGCAAUUCAAAAUUGGUGAUUGGGGGAUUGAUUCUGUGGCACAGUUCAAGACUCUUUAUGAAAAUAACGUGUCAGUCACGAUAAAAGAAAAUAUAGGAUAUAAAAAAAAGAUGAUUCUUCAAAUAGUGGUAUGAUGUUGUUUACAAACUAGUAUUUAGAUUAAGAUAAUUAUAUAUAUAUAAAUAAUCUUAAUCUUUUUCAAAAUAUUUAAAAGUAUUUUGUUUUUGUCUUGACAACUAUAUCUCUCUUUAAAAUCUGUUGCUAGUUGCAGUUACAUAGCAACUGACAGAUCAAUGCUCAACAAGAAUGUCUGAGUGCCGUCACGCCCUGAGUCGACACUGUGGAGUGGACUUUCACUCUUCCAGCUAGUCCGAGCACAAAUGUGAAGGAGCCAGUCCCCCUGCGACGCAGUCGCCAUUGUAGAAGUCUCUGCUGUGCGAUUAGUGCUGCAGGUGUUACAAACCAAAUGUUUAUCACCAGACUUUUCCUCGUUCGUCCUUAAAACUGCCUGACUUGAUUCUUCCGAAACCUCUGCCCUUGUGUGGAGGGUUGGAGCAAAACGUGUAGCAGAGUUUAACCAAGACAAAAAAAAAAAAGUGGGACUUCUAGAAUGGCUACGUCUGCACAGUAGCAAUCCCCAAAACAAUCAGAUCGGAUUUGCAAUAAGCACCCGAGAAGCAGAAAAAGCCGGUCCACACUGUGAUUUCAGCAGGAGUCGAGAAAGUAGGCGUGAGAAAGAGAGGGACGAUGAGCAAGCGACACGAUUCAUGCAAUCCUGCACUGUUAUUGGCUCGCUGUUGUCAACCUCGACCCACUAUCCUCCUCGUGUUGUACACAUGCUGCUUUACUCUUUGGAUCCACAAAGAGAACCGUUCUUUGUGUAUUUCUAGGAUGGUGUUGUAACUUGAAAAAAAAAGAAGAAGCUGUUUAUUUUUUUGAAUCCAGAACAUGUGAGUUGUGUCUUACUGUUGAGUACAUUGCUCUUCUCUGUGACGGUCAUGGUAGUCCAACGCUGUGCUUCUCCAUCGUGUCCUUAGACGUCCAGCUUUGAUCCGGUUGUUCACGUUUCGUAUGUUUUACUGUGAGUAAACUCUGGUUUGAAGUCUGUAUUUGUGGAGCCUUCUGUUGGCAUUCUAAAGUGCAUGCUGAAAAGAUCCAUUAAGUCCAAGUGUAAAAAAAGAGAAAAUAAAUGGACACUGUAUAUCACCUUCAGAACCAUGUGUAUAGAGUAAAGGUGAGACUCACAUAAACUAUCUAUCUUUUAAACUGG